GUCAGAUUUGUUGAUGGUAAAGACCCAAGCACCUUUGAUUUUCUUGACCCAGACAAUAUUAUUCGAGCAGUUCAUCUACUUUCAGUGUACAGACUUGGUCAAACUGCAGAGUUUUUGCUGCCAUCAAUUGCUCAAAGGCUAGAGAAGAAUAAACAAGACUAUGAACCAUACUCUGUUGACAUAUGGGUGAAUCACAAUAUGACUUUUCAUUACUGUGGUGUUGGUGUUGGCCAUCGGAGUACU